AUGAGUUCCAACACGGUUAGCAUCAUCAACAAUGUCACUGUGUACCUGCCAGAGUGCGCUGUGCACGUGACGGCGGAUAGCAUCUCCUACACAGGCUCCCAGGAGUUCCAACCCACCACCUGGGAGUACUUCAAGGGGUUUGUGCCGACGGUGCUCCCCGGUGUCAUCCUCGGUGGCUUGGCCUUGAUUGGACUGAUCUUCUUCCUCGUAUGGAUCUGCGUCCAGGCAUGCCGCCUGCGCAAGAAGCCCGACUCAGAGGCACACUCCGAGAAGGACCGGUUGACCGAGCCCUUCGCCAUGGCCUCUGGCCCAGGGAUGGAGCCCGGCAAGCAUGCGCCCCGCCACGCCAUCCUCUUCAUCGUCUUCACGCUCCUCCUAGGCCUGGCGGUGGUUGGGGUGUCGGCGUGGGGGAUGGCCCUCAGCAUACAGAGCACGAAGGAUCAGAUCCCAGGGUUCUGGGCCGUGGUGGACGACAUAAACUCCAAUGCAACCGCCAUCCAGGGGUACUUGGCCAACAUCAACUCGAGUGUGCUGGUCAUUACGCCUGGCCUGAACGUCAUCGUCGACGAGGCUGCGACUCUGGUCAGCCUGAUUGCCGAAGAGGCCAACGUGACCGUCAGCACCAGUGACAUCAGGAACACUGCACAGAGCCUGGUGACCGAGCUCGGCGAGCGGGUGACGAGACUGUACGGCAACAGUGUAUGGACUGUGACGCAGAGGGUGCAACACACAUAUCGCUUCAUCCCCAUUGCCAUUGUAUUCGGCGUCGUCAUCCUCCUCACGCUCAUCCUGCUGUGGCUGGGAGCGCGGAUGAAGUACCCCAAGACGACCUCAUUUGUCGUCGCGCUGUACUGGACAUCGGUCGCCCUGCUCAUGUUCCUGGGAGUGGGCCUGCUCAACGGAAUAUUCGAGGUUGCAAAUGAUGCAUGUCGCUACUCCGAGACGUAUGCCCACGAUCGUAUACGCUCUUCAAUGAGUUCAAGGAACCUCGGUCUGUUUGAUAGGGUGUGGUCGUACUACAUCGUAAACACUCCUAUCUCUGUGCCGUAUGCUGACUACAUCACCGGAGCACCGGUGCAGGAGGUCCUUGCCGCCCUGCAGACCAGCGACGUGGAUGACAUAAUCCAAGCACUGUCCAGGCUUAACACCACGGUGAUCCAGACCCAGACUGGGCUCAGCAGCUCGGACGCCGCGGCCGUCAGCACUGCCGUCCAGGCCAUCCCCACGCUCCUCAAAAGCAUCGUCGGCUUGGUGGCCAGCCUGUCGCGAGAGAAUCUGCGCCCGAUCUACCUGAACCUCAAGGUUCUCGCCUGCUGCACCAUGGCCAACAAAGUACACAGCACCUGGGUUUCAUGGACGGUGGCGGGGGUCCUCGCCUUUGUCUUUGCGCUGCUCCUCUCCGCGCGAGUCAUCAGCCACACGGUCGUCACGGCCAGGCGGCGACGUGUGGAGGAGGAGGAGAUGCAGCGCGCGUUCAUGACCUCCGUGGAGGCCUUUGACGCCUACCACGCGAGCAUGCCACCUGGGCAGCCCGCUCCCUCCGCCCAGCCCCCACCCUCAGCUGGAGCCAACCAUCCGAGCUCCGGACAUGCGGGAUAUUAUGAUGGCCGCUACAACAGCUGA